GAUUUGAACUCUUGGAAGAAUCUUAUACAGAAAUUUUCACAAAACCUAAAAACGUUCCCGAAAUUAGUCAAGAGUACGAUUUAUGUCGGAAAUUUCCACAGUACACUCAACCCAUCACAACAUUAGCAUUUAAACAUUUCUUUCAUCAACAUUAUAUUGAAAAAAAAGGAUUUACGUUAUCAGUCUAUCAGAUACAAAUGAGUGGAUCAGAGAAUACCAGACCAACAAUCAAAUGA